AUGUGAGAAAACUAUUUGGUGAGAAGAGAAAAAGUAUUUUCUUUCUCUUUAAAUAAUGAAUUAAAAAAUUCUGGUUAAAAAGGUUGAAACAAACUGAUUAAUAGGAGACGACAAGAAAACUGCGAACAGUUUUGUUUAUAGCAUUUUUUGGUCUAUUUGAGUCGAAAAUAAUUAGAAAAAUAUGAAGAAAAUUUACAUGAAAGUUAAUUUUUAUAAACUAUUUAAAAAUGAUUGAAUUUUGGAUACAUUAAUUAUUGUCUCCAUGUUAUUCUUGUAGUUUUGAUCAAUGUGAUUGCCUCAAGUGUCCACUAGAUGGCGCUGUGAACACAUGUUGGCUCUUUAAAGCCUCUGCUCCUGUUGGACGAUCUGCUCCCAGUUAAGCCUUUGAUGGUUAAGGACUAAACCACUGACAGUGAAGUAAUGACUGUAAAGCACUCAGAACUGUACCUAUCUUUAACAUUUAAGGAUUUAUCAACUCAUAGAAACGAAUAACAACAUAUCAUAUGACAUAUUUACAGCCUUAACUGAAGGAACAAUACACAGUAUAUAUAUUAUAAUGUAAACGUUGAACUCUUCUUCCCCCGCAGAAGUCCACUGGACUGUAACCUGACAUCCAUUCCCUCAUUCGAAACAAUCAAAGAUGUGUAUUCACUGCUUUAUAUUCAUUGUAAUAACCAUGACAACCAGAUACUAUCAUCAUGUUUUCAUUCAUAAGUUCGGCAUGCACCAUCACAACAGGAAGUGUUAAAAAGGUUUCUGUCACUGUUGUUGUUCCUGACGUGACCUGUGACCCGCUGCGCGCUACCGACGUUAAAUCAAUGCCCUGGAAGCGCGCUCUGGUCCGGGAGAGAGCAGCAGCAGCAGCGCGAGGGAAGAGGGGAGGAAAGAGGAGAGGAAAGAGGAGAGGACGAGGACGAACAUUCAACUUUAUGGCGGUGUGAUUUGUAAUGAAAUUCGGGCUGAAAGUCUCUCGCAGGAUGUGAAGUUUAAAAAGGAUUUGGAGGAUUUGACGGAUGGUCCCGUUACUCUCGCGCGUCUGUUCUAGUGUGACUUCAGUAAUGGCGUCGGUUUGAAUCACGUGCUUGUUAUCCCGGGAAAAGCUGCAGGUUUCUGCUGGACUCUGCUGGACUCUGCUGUCUGCAGCGGGUGUGAUAUGAGUGGAGAGUUUAUGGAUCUUCAGUGGGAAUAAAUCAACAUGUACUCUGCACGGAAGAGAAGGAAACCGGCUCAGAAGGGAGUGAAGCCGACCCAAACCGAAAGCGCCAAGUCCAACCCGUCCAAACGGCACCGCGACCGGCUGAACUCGGAGCUGGACCGGCUCGCCAGCAUGCUGCCGUUCCCCGAAGACGUCAUCUCCAGCCUGGACAAGCUGUCCAUCCUCAGGCUCAGCGUCAGCUUCCUGCGCACCAAGAGCUUCUUCUCCGUGACGCUGAAGAACCAGCUGUCCACCGGCGGGAAGAAGAGCAGCGACCACGGGGACGCCGGCAGAGCGUCCGUGGACGGCGGCGUACCCGAGGGGGAGCUGCUGCUGCAGGCCCUGAACGGCUUCGUCCUGGUGGUGACCGCUGAAGGAACCGUCUUCUUCUGCUCUCACAGCAUCCAGGACUACCUCGGCUUCCACCAGACCGACGUGAUGCACCAGAGUGUGCUGGAGCUGAUCCACACUGAAGACCAGCAGGAGUUCAGGAGCAACCUGCACUGGGCCCUCAGCCCAGAACCCUCAACAGAUGGCGAGUCGGUGUCGAGCUCUUCCUGCCUGGUGAGCUACAACCCCGAGCAGCUUCCUCCUGAGAACUCCUCCUUCCUGGAGAGAGGCUUCGUCUGCCGCUUCCGCUGUUUGUUGGACAACUCCUCCGGCUUCCUGGCGUUGAACAUCCAGGGUCGUCUCAAGUUCCUCCACGGUCAGAGCCGCCAGCGGUGCGACGGCGAGGGCGGCGCUGCGCCUCAGCUCGCCCUGUUCGCCAUCGCCACCCCUCUCCAUUCUCCGGCCAUCUUGGAAAUCAGGACCAGGAACAUGAUCUUCAGGACCAAACACAAGCUGGACUUCACGCCCAUGUCCUGCGACGCGAAGGGUAAGAUUGUUCUGGGCUACACGGAGGCGGAGCUGAGAGUUCGAGGCUCGGGUUACCAGUUCAUUCACGCUGCCGACAUGCUGUACUGCGCCGAAAACCACGUCCGAAUGAUGAAGACGGGCGAGAGCGGCCUCACCGUCUUCAGGCUGCUCACCAAGGACAACCGGUGGAAGUGGGUCCAGGCCAACGCCCGGCUCGUCUACAAGAACAGCAAGCCCGACUACAUCAUCGCCACCCAGAGGCCGCUGGUGGAUGAGGAAGGAGGGGAGCACCUGAGGAAGCGGUCGAUGCACCUUCCCUUCACCUUCGCCACCGGAGAGGCGACUCUCUACCAGACCGGUUAUCCACUGCACGGCUUCCCCGACUCCUUCCAGGGAAAAGCCAAAGGCAGCAAGUCCAAGAAGGGGAAAUUGGACAAGAACUGUUCAGAGGACCUGGACCCAAAGUCCCUGCUGGGGGCGCUCAUGAGCCAGGACGAGUCCGUGUACGUCUGCCAGCCGGACCCGGAGCCGAAGAUGUCGUACCACAGCAGCCUUUUCAACCAGCAGCAAAGCGACGGCGAUGGUUUUGGUGGCUUGUUAAGCGGCGACAGCUGGCAUAUGGAAUCCAACGGGGAGAUGGGGAGAUGCAGCAACAAAACACCGAGCUAUGACCCCCUGCUGGCCACUUUGGACUCUCUGUCUCUGGAAGGAGAGGAGCCGUGCUCCAACAGCGAGCUCUUUAGCGCCCUGGAGAACCUGGGCCUGAACGCCGAAGACCUGGAGCUCCUGUUGCUGGACGAGAGGAUGAUCCAGGUGGAGCUGGGCCCAAACCGCGUCCCGACACUUGGCGACCUUCUCACCAACAACGAAAUCCUCUCCUACAUCCACGACUCUCUGGAGACUGGGACAGAGGGGGGGGGACAAGGAGACGGAGGUGGAUUUGGACCUGCAGCCCAAAGCGUCUCCCAGCAGCCACAGACCUGUCUCACAGCCGCUGUCCCUCCAGCUCCUCCCAUCACCCAGCUGUCGCAGCAGAUGCUGCAGCACGUCGGUGCUGAAGUGAAAGCUCACCCGGAGCAGAUUCAGCCCGGAGCAGCGGACACCAAGACUUUAACCGGGAUUCCUCACACUCACUGGGUGGUAACGACAGAGAGCCGCCAUCACGCCAACAACCGUCAUCACCCACAUACAGUGCUCAGAGCCUCGCAGCUCAACGGAGAACACAAACACCUUCUGGAGUCGAGUCCACAGUGGCAGCUUCAGCAGCACCAGCACCCGGUCCACCACCAGUCCCACCAGCAGGCCAGCAGCCAGAGCUUCCCUUUGCUGCCCGGCUUCCACAAUCAGCUCACAACAAACGGGUCUUACAUCCCAAACGGACACGUGGAGGUCGGCCACCCGGGUUACAACAUCUCAGGUGCUACAACACCGGACGUGGGUCACAACCAGAGCUCCUACCAGCUGCAGGGUGACCACAAACACCAGCAGCUUCCACCGCCGUGUCUGUCCCAGUGUCCCACCCAGAGCUCUGCGCUGGAGUUGGAGCAGCUCCUGGGUCUGUCCCAGCCUCAGCACAGCCGGCCGUCGUUAGAGGCCUACGGCACGAUCAGCACCGCCACACUAGACUCCACCCACAGCAAGCUGGAGAACGGUCGCCUCCUCAGUGCCACCGACGCAGCGUACAUCCGCACGUGUCUGAGCGGAGACAUCAGCGACGGACUCGCCGCCCUGCAGGACCCCCACAAACCCUUUCUGCUCUGAAGGAGGAAAAGAGAUGUUCAAUGUGACCACGCCUUCUGGACAAUGCAAGGGGAGAAAAAAAGACAGGACUCUACAUCCGGUUUGUUCUGCUGGUGUUUGUGUAUCCGUCACACUGCGUGUUAUAACAUAUUCAUGUUCCUCCUUAUUAUCUGUAAAUACACUGUUACCGUCCUGAGGAGAAGAGACACACUUUAAAUGAACAGUCUCUUUGUGUGUGUACGCCAAUAACGGGAUAACAAGAACGACGAUACGAAUCUCUACAAACAUAAGUGUGAAAGGUUGUAGCAUCAUAAAACAAUGGAAAGCAGAGUUUCAUAACGUGCAUCCUUCACAUGUCCUCCUUCACCAGCAAGCUGUGUGCUUCAAGAUUCCUUCUUUACAAGUAGCUGCUGGUUAAAAACAGAUAAAUAAAGAUGCUUCAGCUCGAGUAUCACAACCAGGCUUCUAGAUUUGUAUCCCUAAACCAACCUGUGAAAUAUGGAAUAUUAUACCUUAAAACACGACGCUAUGCUUUGUUGUAUUACAGGAAUUGAUUAGCAGCUAACAGGCGGUUACAUGUUACAUUAGUAGAAGAAGAAGCUGGUGAUCUGCUCGUUAUUUAACCGUCGGUGUGCGAUCGUAGACGGCCUGUAGAGUCGGUAGAAGCCGUUCGUCUCGUGCUUUUCAACAGCAACAAAAACAGCAUUUCAUUCUAAUCGUUGAUAUUGUUGAGAUGAGAUUCAAACAGACGGUGAAAACACGUUCAUACUGAUGCUGCAUUUCAGCCUGCUUAGGCUCUUACUUAUUAUUACAGACACGAUCAGAGAGGCUCUGAGCAUAAAUAAGCAUUUUAGUGUGAGAAUCUCCCAUGGAUGCCUUGUCCUUACUGCAUCCUGCAGUCGUUCCGUGCACACAUCCAUUGAGGACCAGCUGUACAUAAUAGAAGACAACGGAAGGCCCGAGAGGAAGCGCAUGGAAGUAUAUACGUCUUAUUGUUUUGAUUACAGAUGAUUGAGAGAAGAUGUGCACUUAAAUGUUGGAAGCAGUGUGUUUAUGUUCAUGUGUGUAAACUACUUUAAAGUAAGAAGCAAACCAAACGUUACUAACAGACACGAGCUCUCAUCGGACAUGAUCUUUGUUCAGCUGAUGCUGCGUUCACAUUACGUCGGAUUAAAGGGACACUUCAGAUUGUUUGAAGUGUGGUUUCAGAUAAACAGUCUAGGUUUGAAGGUAGUACACCUCAUACAGCCCCACAAAGCAUCCAAACUACCCCUCUAACAGGUGUGGAGUCUCCAAAUAUCAAGAUGUAUUUCCACACAGCUGAGACGUGACAUGAACGCAGCACUGCUCACGUUUCAAAGACCUAAAAGGUCAAAAAGCUGGACGACAGCAUUUAGCAUUUAGCACCGACUCAAAGACCAAAUGAGAGGCAUGUGACCACACGCGUGUCUGCAGUUGUUGAAUGUGAGAACAUGAAGCUUUUAUGUCACUACGGAAUGGUGCUGACGAGCGAUUGGUGGACUUCGGUAGCGUCACAACGACGAAAUGCAUUUACAGAUUUGCCUCUUUUCUUUUGUAAACAUUUCUUAUAGAACAGAAUAUUUAAAACCAGUUGUGAGAUGAAAUGCUGUAUGAAAGAUUAUGAGGUGACAAUCAUUUACCAAGGCGCUUUAAAAACAAGCUGGUCGUGUGUGUGUGUGUGUGUGUGUGUAUAUAACUGUGUUUUUUAACUACUUUAAAAUCACUUACAAACUCUUUCUCCAGCACUGAAAAAGCAUUUUAUGACUCCAUGUUGUGUGAAUAUUGUUCCCUUGUGUUUUAUCUUUGUCAUGUUUGUCACUUUAGCUCAGAACAGAAGCAGUGCCAUAAGUCUGGAGCUACGUUUUACUCUUUAUAAAUCCACCAGAUAACGUUUAAAAGCCUUUUAUAUAUUUUCAUUGUGUCAUUUUGUCAAACUUUGGAACCAAACUCUCCGUAAGCUUGUCAUUUGCUCGUGGUUAUGUUGUUUUUAAAGCACACAGACUUUAUUUUGCUACUUUUAUCACUGAAGGUUGUAGUUGUAUGUAAACAAAUCUUUUUAAAAAUGCAGUUUGUCUUGAAGCAGUGUGUUCAAAAUGUGCUCUUGGAUCCUGGAAAUAAAGGAUUUUGUGCAAUCACACCGAGCGGCCUCUCUCUGCGUGAUUGUGCUCACCUGUCUCCUGAGAAGCUGACCUUCCUCACCUGUCCACCAGGUGUCACUGUAGCGCUGCCUCACAUCCCCUGUGCUGCUCACCUGUUCUCCCCACAGUCAGCUGUAGCCAGCCAGACUGUGACAGGAAGGUUAGGUAAGAAAGAACUCAGAUCAGAAACAAGAGAGACGGAUGUUAAUGUACCUUUAAUAUUUGGCUAACAGACUCUAAUACUGUAAAUAAUUAAAGGUAUAAUAUGUAACUUCUCCACAUUAAAAUGACUAAAUAAACAAGUAGACUGUUAGGAAUAAGAUCAUACAACGAGAACAACGUGAGGAAGAAUUCAAUUUAAUACCACAAAUAACAACAAGAAUAAGAAAUAUAUUUGUUGAAAUAAAAACAAUGAGGUGAGCUGCAUCAUGGGAGCUCAGAGUGAAGUGAUGCACGCCAUCGAUAACCUGAGGAAGCUUUUAGCUGCUGUCACUGAACCGACAACACACACA